AUGCUUAAGAAUACACAGUGGCAGUCUGGCUGCUGUUUCUGUGCUGCUGUGGGAAACCUGAGGGAGAAACAGCAGCUGCAUCCUCACACACUGACGUGGGGCUGUCGCUACAGAGCAGAGCUUGGUCAACAUGUGCAGUCUCUCAGCCCCUCUUCCUCCUGACUCACUUACUGUUGAUGACACACACAGAGGAUGUUAUGAGGUGCCUGCCUGCCCUUUAUCCCAAACCACUGUCUCGCUGCCUUUGGACUCUCAGUGGCAGUGGUUGCAUCUCAAAUGCCACCCUAUUCCUUGUACAGUGCACCCUAUGGGCCCUGGACAAAAGUAUUGCAUUUUAUAGGGAAUAGAGUGCCAUUUGGAAUGCAGACUCCGUGUAUCCUGUCUUAGUACUUUUCUCAGUGAGGGAGCUAGUAGGCCACAUCUCCGCUGCAGUCCAACUCAACACAAUAGAGUUCAGUGCUAUACAAUAGUAGGUCUCUCCACUGGAUGUGAUGCUGCGGUAGGAGCCAAAGGCAGCCUGCUACACCCUCGUUCACAAUGGUGUCAAAUCACAGCAACAAACAUUUUAAUAUUUCCCCAACCACAGUCCACAUCACUGUGCCCUCUGUCACUAGUUGUCUCACUCUUCCCUCUCCAGUCCAGAAACUCACUCCCCUUCCUGUUGUUAUCAUUGUGUGUUUGAAGUUGACUACAUGUACAUUGAAGUCAGACGGCGUAGAAUCACUGAUCUUCAAAUCACCUUGCAUUCCAAAUAACUACUCAUUAACUGAUCAAGAUGAGUUAUUCUGCACCUCGCCUUGGCCAAACUAAUCCCCUCAAACACGCUUAAUGUCUGAUAUGCUUUUUCUCUCCCAGAAUGCUAUGCAGAUUGUGGGCUUCAUGGAGGAUGAGGUGCAGUCGGUCCUGGAGCUGGUAGCAGCCGUCCUCAAACUGGGGAACAUUGAGUUCAAACCAGAGUCCAGGGUCAACGGCUUCGACGAAAGCAGGGUCAAGGACAAGAAUGGUGAGACCAUAGUGUACCUGGAUAACCAGCAGCUUUACUGUGGGACACAAUGUGCUGUUACACUACACAUGCAUACACAUCUCACUUUUUAAAUAACUUUGGCGCACACUUGUGGAUUUCCCUUGCAUCUUGAAAAUGUAAAUAUAAUGUAUUGUGGUGGUAGAAAAUAUUGUUUUAGUUAUGCAUUGUCUGGUCAAUUUAAGGACGUAUAAAACAUAAGCUAUAAGAUAAGCAUUCUGGAAUCAAUUAGAUUAUAACCACUGACCAAUGGUAAGUCCCUCCACAAGCCAUACCAGUAAGUUCCAUCAGCAGUAGCCUAUGUGUUUGUUGUUGCACUGCCCCCUACUGGUUAAUGUUUAAUUUCAUGGUUUACUAAAGCCGGGUGUUCAGUCAUGGUCAAAAGUUUUGAGAAUGACAAGUAUUGGUCUUCACAACGUUCGCUGCUUCAGUGUUAUGAGAUUUUUGUCAGAUGUUACUAUGGUAUACUGAAGUAUAAUUACAAGCAUUCCAUAAGUGUCAAUGACUUUUAUUGACAAUUACAUUAAGUUUAUGCUAAUAUUGACUCUUUGUAGUGUUGACCCUUCUUUUUCAAGACCUCUGCAAUCCGCCCUGGCAUGCUGUCAAUUAACUUCUGGGCCACAUCCUGACUGAUGGCAGCCCAUUCUUGCAUAAUCAAUGCUUGGAAUUUGUCCGAAUGUGUGGGUUUUUGUUUGUCCACCCGCCUCUUGAGAAUCGACCACAAGUUCUCAAUGGGAUUAAGGUCUGGGGAGUUUCCUGGCCAUGGACCCACAUUUUCUAUGUUUUGUUCCCCGAGCUACUUAGUUAUCACUUUUGCCUUAUGGCAAGGUGCUCCAUCAUGCUUGAAAAGGCAUUGGUCGUCACCAAACUGUUCUUGGAUGGUUGGGAGAAGUUGCUCUCAGAGGAUGUGUUGGUACCAUUCUUUAUUCAUGGCUGUGUUCUUAGGCAAAAUUGUGAGUGAGCCCACUCCCUUGGCUGAGAAGCAAUCCCACACAUGAAUGGUCUCAGGAUGCUUUACUGUUGGCAUGACACAGGACUGAUGGUAGCGCUCACCUUGUCUUCUCCAGACAAGGUGUUUUCCGGAUGCCCCAAACAAUCGGAAAGGGGAUUCAUCAGAGAAAAUGACUUUACCCCAGUCCUCAGCUGUCCAAUCCCUGUACCUUUUGCAGAAUAUGUCUGUCCCUGAUGUUUUUCCUGGAGAGAAGUAGCUUCUAUACUGUCCUUCUUGACACCAGGCCAUCCUCCAAAAGUAUUUGCCUCACUGUGCGUGCAGAUGCACUCACACCUGCCUGCUGCCAUUCCUGAGCAAGCUCUGCACUGGUGGUGCCCCGAUCUCGCAGCUGAAUCAACUUUAGGAGACGGUCCUGCCACUUGCUGGACUUUCUUGGGUGCCCCGACGCCUUCUUCACAACAAUUGAACCCCUCUCCUUGAAGUUCUUGAUGAUCCAAUAAAUGGUUGAUUUAGGUGCAAUCUUACUAGCAGCAAUAUCCUUGCCUGUGAAGCCCUUUUUGUGCAAAGCAAUGAUGACGGUACGUGUUGGUUAACAGAGGAAGAACAAUGAUUUCAAGCACUACCCUCCUUUUAAAGCUUCCAGUCUGUUAUUCUAACUCAAUCAGCAUGACAGAGUGAUCUCCAGCCUUGUCCUCGUCAACACUCUCACCUGUGUUAAAGAGAGAAUCACUGACAUGAUGGCAGCUGGUCCUUUUGUGGCAGGGCUGAAAUGCAGUGGACAUUUUUUUGGGGGAUUAAGUUCAUUUUCAUGGCAAAGAGGGACUUUGCAAUUCAUCUGCUCACUCUUCAUGACAUUCUGGAGUAUAUGCAAAUUGCCAUCAUCAAAACUGAGGCAGCAGACUUUGUGAAAAUUUGUAUUUGUGUCAUUCUCAACUUUUGACCACGACUGUACACUACAUGAUUUUGGCUUUUUCAAUUUCAGUCAAGGGGAGGGUUUAGUAUUUUUUUUAAAUCUAGUUCAGGGGAGGGUAAUGUAAUUUGUUAUUGUCAUUUCAAUAUUUCUCAGUGUUUUAGAAUUACCGUAUUUUCCGCACUAUUAGGCGCACCGGAGUAUAAGCCGCAGCAGCUAAAUUGAAUGAUGUGUACAUAUAUAAGCCGCAUUGGACUAUAAGCCGCAGGUGUUUUAAUGUGUAAUUACCAUAUGUAAGGGUUCGUGCACAGCGUGGAUUGUCGGGAAAGAGACAAACUGUCUCGCUCUCGUAAUGUCUCUCGUUCUGUCUCUCGUACCACUCUCGGUUCCACUUUUACUUUUGCGCGCUACCUGUCUCACUCUUUUCCGGCCUGCAGCUUUUCCUGCUGGAGCCCGCCGCUUAAAGGUGGGGGGCGCGGACCGGUCAUAGAGCCCAUAGAGUUAAAGUUGGUGGACUGUAACCUGUAAAAUCCAUAGAUUUAGGAGGUCUUCUAGUGGCCGUUAGCUGUAAAAAUCCAUAGAUUAGCCGCACCGUUAUAUAAGCCGCAGGGUCGAAAAAUGGGGGAAAAAGGCGCGGCUUAUAGUCCGAAAAUUACGGUAGUUGCUUAUUAAGCUAUAUAUCAAUGUGUGCCUGAUGCCACCCCUCAUCUCUGAUUCUCCGCUGGGGGUGCAAUAAAUGUGCCUAUAGGCUAUUUAGUGUGGUCUCAAUCAAAUGAUCCAUAAACUAUAUGUUAUGAAGUGCAUGCUCGGAGAAGCAACAGAGCAAAGUUAUAUUUCUGCUGUAAAUACAACUAGGCUGCAUUACACACUGCAAUGGAUAUUCAAACCCUGAUCCCAGGCCUGCUCUGUUCUUGCUGAUCAAAAACGUUAUUGUGUGCUGCCUAACCAAUGGCUGUGCUGUGUAGGCCUACAGUGGCAGUUCAGGAGAAAAGUCAAAGGCUAUGUCCAAAUGUUCAUAUUUUUUCAGACUGGCCAAUAACCUAUGUUCUGUUCAGUUUGAGAAGGAGAGCGCCAAGAUGAGAAGGAGGACCUGGGGUCAACUUUGAUAAUUGAUUUGAUUUAAAAACAAUAUGUUUCUUGCCCAUGAUGUAUUUAUCAGAGUUAUUGACCUCACAAUAAGCCAGAUUCUAGUAACUUAAAUUGUGGUGCUGAAACUUGAAGCAUUAGCCACGACACAAUCAAUAGAAAGGGUCAGCUCAUGGUGCUGAAAGUAGAAACAUUUGAGUAGGCAUAAUUCAUUUAAACAGUCUUCAUUUUAAUUAGACUUUACUAUCAACAAGAGGGCUAAGGGAGGGAGUUUAUUUAUUCCUAAGUAAGAGGUAGGCCUACCUGUUUGACAGACAAGAUUAGGCUAUAGGCUGCUAUAUCCAUAGAUUUGUCGGUCAAUUCCUCCACCCACCAUGCACUCUUUAAAUAGCCUACUUCCGUGUCAGUGAAGGGCUGUUAAGUUAACACCAAGACUCGAAUUGAGGGGAUAUGAGGGUAUUCCAUAGGCCUACCUUUUUAUUAAAGAAAAUGGGGGAAAAAGCUUAGGCCUACCCCUUGUUAGCUUAAUAUUUAGAAGAAAAUAAAACGGGGAUCCGAUUUAUAUAGAGUGAGAUAGAUAUAUAUAUAUAUAUAAAACAGUGCUUUGUUCCGUGACGCUUCAUGCUAGAAACAAGCUGUAAAAUACCCGGGAAAGACUUGAUACAUAUGGGGAUAUCAUUGAUUUGUUUCGUUGACAUUCAGAGGCUGCGUUACAACCUUCUAUAGCCGAGGAGACAAAAAAUAGACUUUGCUUGGGAAGUCAUCUAAUUCUGUCACUAUCAAUUGAUUAACCUUUUCACUUUCUGUACAAUAGAAGAUGUUUAAAUCCAGACAGCUUUUAGGGAAACACUUGUGACCUUCUGUCAUUGGGUUAAGCCAUGGAAGAAGAGUAGCCAGCAGUUAAAGCGUACAUUUGUCUGUGUUGGUAGGCCUACUCUGUUUGGGGUGGAUAGGUAGGCAUAACUUUUGAAAGUACCAUGCUCAGAUUCUUAAUGAUACCUCAAAUUUAAUUAUUUGCAAACAGGGACAGUUUCGUUGCAAACAAGACACACUGAUUUGGCAUUGGAUAAGAUGAAAACACAGGCCUCUCGCUCUGUCCGUUCUUAGCCUGUCAUUUCGGUAAUUUGUGUGGUAUUACAAAAUAUUAUAAUAAUAUUUAAAAUGACGUAGAAUUGCAUUAAAUGUUUAUAAAAGGUUAUUUUUUCUCGGAACUGCAAAUACGAUGAUGGAUUCAUGCAAUACUUUUACUAUAAAGGAUAUCUUUCCACCCGUAGUCUUGUCUACAGUGUUCUGCGAACCCACAACCUUCUGGCCCGCAGCCCUGUGCGCUUUCAAAAUUCCUGUGUUACUAUGUAAUACUUACAGGAUGAAAAACUGUUUCUAAAACUGCAUAUCUAGGGCUCUGGUCUGUCCAAGAAGUCAGGGUAAACGGUAGACAUGUUCUCUGCGAGCCACUUUGUUUUAAUUAUUAUGUUGGAUAUAGGGGAGGGUCACUUGUUUUUUUUGAUUCAAGCGUUCAUGGAGGGUUUAGGUAAAAUAGGGAGGGCCGUCCAUUUUCAAUUGAGAGGGGUCCAAUUUUCUCCAUGUAACCCUUUUUUAUGAAUAACAUUCACUGCUUAACUACAGUUUGCAAUAGUAUGCAAUGUUUUCUGAUGGUAUGUACAGUAGGCCUACUGAUAGAACUGCUCACAGCUCUCCCCUAUUAAGCAAAUGUAAUAUUUUGCAUGUCUGAAUAACCCAGCCAUGGCACAACUUUGCAUUCUUUCUUUGCAAACAAAACGCCUUUCUAAUCUACAUGAUACACUGAAGUGGAAGAACUCCACAUGACCUGUGGUGUGAAUCAUAAAAUCUACACUUCUACUUUCUACAUUUAGACCAGGUUAUUAAUGGGAUUUCCCCUUGUGACCAAUUGACAGCUUUCACUAUACACAUGUGUCACAUUUGUAUGUCUCCCGAGUGGCGCAGUGGUCUAAGGCACUGCAUCGCAGUGCUAGCUGUGCCACUAGAGAUCCUGGUUCGAAUCCAGGCUCUGUCGUAGCCGGCCGCGACCGGGAGACCCAUGGGGCGGCGCGCACAAUUGGCCCAGCGUCGUCCAGGGUAGGGGAGGGAUUUGGCCGGCAGGGGAUGUAGCUCAGUUGGUAGGGGUCUGGGUUCGAUAAAAUAAUGUAUGCACUAACUGUAAGUCGCUCUGGAUAAGAGCGUCUGCUAAAUGACUAAAAUGUAAUGUAAAUAUUUGUCAACAACACUACUCUUACAUAAGACAAUUGAGUGAGACGAUUGACCUGUAAAUACCUAAAUACAUUAAGGCUAAUGCACCAACUCCUCUUAAACACUACUCUGUCCGGCUGCUUUGGGGUAUCCUGGCCAGGAGACACAACACUGAUCCUAAAGAAGACUGUCUGAGAACACAGAGAGUAGAUCAUCUUAUCUCUCUAAGGAAAGGGUUUAGCUAAUGCCCUUAUGGUUACCCACUGGAACCCUGAUACUGGCAUCAAGUGGCAUUGUUGGUAAAGCUAAAUAUUGAUAUGGAUUCCUUAUUCACUUGGGAUAGAUUUCCUUUAUUGAUGCGUGUCAUCUAGUCAUUACCUAUUUGUUUCCUUGCCUUCGGCCUGUAUACAAAGCUCUAUGAUUUGAGUGUCUGUUGUUCUGUUAGUGAGUGUGUGUUUCCUCUGCUCUAUCUUCCAGAUCUGAAGGAGAUGUGUGAGCUGUUGGGGAUUGAGCAGUCUGUGCUGGAGAGGGCUUUCAGCUACCGCACUGUGGAAGCCAAGAUGGAGAAGGUGUCUACCACACUCAAUGUGGCCCAGGUGAGAAGAUCAGCACUGUAUAGCAUCACACUUAUUUAGUUCUAUCUAUUUAAACAUGAGUGUGUGUAUAUAAUGUAAUAGUGUAUGCCACUUUUAUCAACAUACAGUGAGUUGGAGUGCAUUGAUUUUAUGUAUUUAUUUUAGUAAUACCUUUUUUCUUUUUUUUUUGACAACAAACAAAAAAACAUACAUAGACAAAAUCAAUAAACAACUUAAUGUUUACAUUAAUACAUUUCCAGAAACAUUCAUGACAUCACACUUGCUCAAUCCCACAUGUUCCCAUUGUAUCCGCACCAAUGUUGUUUCUAAUACUAGACUACCCCGUAUGACAGUGCAUUGAUUUUAGUAUGUAUAUGUGAUCCCUGUGGGACUUGAACCCACAACCUUGACUUUGCUAGCGCCAUACCCUCACCAACUGAGCCACAUACGACCACCACCUGUCAUCAGUGUAUAGCAACAUACUUCCUUUCAUGAUAGCACUGACAGACGAAGUCCCAAGGGAUGUUUCACACUCCAGUUGUUUUGUGGGUGGAUGAGAGGAUUAUUUCCCUUUGACUUAGUUCUCUGGCUAGCUUACUUCCCAUCUACUGUACAUGGAAACAUAUCCAUUAUGGAUUAGGAUUUGGUGAAUUCUCCCUUGGAAAAUGCAGAAGUGGGCCAGGUUUUGGAGGUUAGUGAGGUCAGGCACAUUCAGGUUUUAGAUAAGAGGAAUAGAAGCUAGUCUCCUCUCCCUAUGCUGGAGGUUUGAGUUCAGGCAACAUUCAGUUGGUGAUGAGAAGAAGAAUGUCAGAGGCUAGUCCUCUCCCUUGUCCUCUCCCUAGUCCUCUCCCUGUUCUCCACAAAAGCAGCUUAUGAAGAAGGGUACUAUGAAGGGAUGAGCUUCACUCCUCCUGAAGUGUGAUUUAAACAUCCUUGGCAGUUUUCUGGUAGCCUGGUCCCAGUGCUAUUUGUGCUGUGUUGCCAACUCUUAAACUCAUUACCAUAAAAAUGACCAUAGGAGUUGACAAGACAGCACAAACAGAUCUGGGACCAGGCUACAGAUCUGGUUCUUUGAGACUGGGACACCCUCCCCUGUUGCUACUGUGUGCUGUCUCUUAUCUUCACAAACAUCCGGCCAGAUGGCGUAAACAGAAGGGUAUAAAAAGGCCAGGCUGAGACAAUAAAUCGGAGCACAUUGGUUAGAGCCCUUGGAGGAAAUAUCAAACUAAAGGAGCACCAGCUCAUCCAUAGCACAUCAUCACCAGUCAAAAAUCACCUCCUAGAAGUGUUUGUUUGUCAGGGAGGUUAUGCCUGGUCCUGUCCAUGCCACAGCGCUCUGUCAAUCCAAGUUAAUCUCUUCCGGUGUGUGUGUGUUGUUUACAUGAGGAAUGACAGCCUCUCUACUCCAGUGUGGCUGUAUGCCAGAGGAUGAGCCUCCCUAACUAUAGGGAUGUUUUUCGGCCCACGCUAGGACACGCCUCCUCAGACAGCUCAAUGUAUAAUUUCACUGUUGUUUCCUUGUGGAUGGUUGGAAUGAGAAACAUUCUACAGCUGGAAUCACAGCUUGACUGAUGUCACUUCACAUCCAUAGAGACUGAUCUAUCGCUGUCCCAGUUGAAUGCUACGCUACUACAAGCAUUUACCAGAGAUAUUUACUACAGCUUUAUUUCUCUGUAUGAGAGCACUGAAAUCUACACUGAACAAAAAUAUAAAACGCAACAUGUAAAGUGUUGGUCCAAUGUUUCAUGAGCUGAAAUAAAAGAUCCCAGAAAUGUUAGUGAGCAUUUCUCCUUUGCCAAGAUAGUCCAUCCACCUGACAGGUGUGGCAUAUCAAAAAGCUGAUUAAACAGCAUGAUCAUUACACAGGUGCAUCUUGUGCUGGGGACAAUAAAAGGCCAUUUUAAAAUGUGUAGUUUUGUCACACAACACAAUGCCACAAAGUUUUGAGGGAGCGCGCAAUUGGCAGUCUAACUGCAGGAAUGUCCACCAGAACUGUUUGCAGAGAAUUUAAUGUUAAUUCACCAUAAGCCACCUUCAACAUCGUUUUAGAGAAUCUGGCAGUAUGUCCAACCGGCCUCAUAACCACAGACCACGUGUAUGGCGUUGUGUGCAUGAGCGCUUUGCUGAUGUCAACAUUACGAACACAGUACCCUAUGGUGACGGUGGGGUUAUGGUAUGGGCAGGCAUAAGCUACGGACAAUGAACAUGAUUGCAUUUUAUCGAUGGCAAUUUGAAUGCACAGAGAUACCGUAACAUGAUCAUGAGGCCCAUUGUCGUGCCAAUCAUCUGCCGCCAUCACCUCAUGUUUCAGCAUGAUAAUGCAUGGCCCCAUGUCGCAAGAAUCUGUACACAAUUCCUGGAAGCUGAAAAUGUCCCAGUUCUUCCAUGGCCUGCAUACUCACCAGACAUGUUACCCAUUGAGCAUGUUUGGGAUGCUCUGGAUCGACGUGUACGACAGUGUGUUCCAGUUCCCGCCAAUAUCCAGCAACUUCGCACAGCCAAUGAAAAGGAGUGGUAAAACAUUCCACUGGCCGCAAUUAACAGCCUGAUCAACUCUAUGCGAAGGAGAUGUGUCGCGCUGCAUGAGGCAAAAGGUGGUCACACCAGAUACUGACUGGUUUUCUGAUCCACACCCCUACUUUUUUUUUAAGGUAUUAGAGCCUAAUUUAUGUAUUUAAAUUGACUGAUUUCCUUAUAUGAACUGAAACUAAAAUCUUUGUAUAUACUAAGCCCUUAUUGUGUGAUUUGCAAGGCCUACUAUGCCCGUGAUGCCCUGGCCAAAAACCUCUACAGCCGUCUGUUCAGCUGGCUGGUCACAAGGAUCAAUGAAAGCAUCAAGGUAGGUCUGGUCUCAUUAAGCCAUUGACUGUAAAGAUAUAAGCCCUACCAAAGUAGAUUAAAAGGACUAUGAUUUUAUAUAUACACUACCGGUCAAAAGUUUUAGAACACCUACUCAUUCAAGGGUUUUUCUUUAUUUUUACUAUUUUCUACAUUGUAGAAUAAUAGUGAAGACAUCAAAACUAUGAAAUAACACAUGGAAUCAUGUAGGAAUCAAUAGUGUUAAACAAAAUAUAUUUUAUAUCUGAGAUUCUUCAAAUAGCCACCCUUUGCCUUGAUGACAGCCUUGCACACUCUUGGCAUUCUCUCAACCAGCUUCACCUGGAAUGCUUUUCCAACAGUCUUGAAGGAGUUCCCACAUAUGCUGAGCACUUGUUAGCUGCUUUUCCUUCACUAUGCGGUCUGACUCAUCCCAAACCAUCUCAAUUUGGUUGAGGUCGGGGGAUUGUGGAGGUCAGGUCAUCUGAUGCAGCACUCCAUCACUCUGUCUUGGUCAAAUAGCCUUUACACAGCCUGGAGGUGUGUUGGGUCAUUGUCCUGUUGAAAAACAAAUGAUAGUCCCACUAAGCCCAAACCAGAUGGGAUGGCGUAUCGCUGCAUUAUGCUGUGGUAGCCAUGCUGGUUAAGUGUGCCUUGAAUUCUAAAUAAAUUACAUACAGUGUCACCAGCAAAGCACCCCCACACCAUAACACCACCUCCAUGCUUUACGGUGGGAAAUACACAUGCGUAGAUCAUCCGUUCACCCACGCCGCGUCUCACAAAGACACGGCGAUUGGAACCAGAAAUCUCAAAUUUGGACUCCAGACCAAAGGACACAUUUCCACCGGUCUAAUGUCCAUUGCUCAUAUGUCUUGGCCCAAGCAGGUCUCUUCUUCUUAUUGGUGUCCUUUAGUAGUGGUUUCUUUGCAGCACUUAGUGAAUCAGGCCUUCAUGGUCCAAGUCACCUCUGACCAGUUGAUGUUGAGAUGUGUCUGUUACUUGAACUCUGAAGAAUUUAUUUGGGCUGCAAUUUCUGAGGCUGGUAACUCUAAUGAACUUAUCCUCUGCAGCAGAGGUAACUCUGGGUCUUCCAUUCCUGUGGCAGUCCUCAUGAGAGCCAGUUUCAUCAUAGCGCUUGAUGGUUUUUGUGACUGCACUUGAAGAAACGUUCAAAGUUCUUGAAAUGUUCUGUACUGACUGACCUUCAUGUCCUAAGGUAAUGAUGGACUGUUGUUUCUCUUUGCUUAUUUGAGCUGUUCUUGCCAUAAUAUGGACUUGGUAUUUUACCAAAUAUGGCUAUCUUCUGUAUACCACCCCUACCUUGUCACAACACAACUGAUUGGCUCAAACACAUUAAGAAGGAAAGAAAUUCCACAAAUUAACUUUUAAGAAGGCACACCUGUUAAUUGAAAUGAAUUCCAGGUGACUACCUCAUGAGACUGGUUGAGAGAAUGCCAAGCAUGUCCAAAGCUGUCAUCAAGGCAAAGGGCUCCUACUUUGAAGAAUCUCAAAUAUACAGUUGAAGUUGGACGUUUACAUACACUUAGGUUGGAGUCAUUAAAACUUGUUUUUCAACCAAUCCACACAUUUCUUGUUAACAAACUAUAGUUUUGGCAAGUCGGUUAGGACAUCUACUUUGUGCAUGACACAAUACAUUUUUCCAACAAUUGUUUACAGACAGAUUAUUUCACUUAUAAUUUACUGUAUCACAAUUCCAGUGGGUCAGAAGUUUACAUACACUAAGUUGACGGUGCCUUUAAACAGCUUGGAAAAUUCCAGAAAGUGAUGUCAUGGUUUUAGAAGCUUCUGAUCAUUUGAGUCAAUUGGAGGUGUGGAUGUAUUUCAAGGCCUACCUUCAAACUCAGUGCCUCUUUGCUUAACAUCACGGGAAAAUCAAAACAAAUCAGCCAAGACCUCAGAAAAACAAUUGUAGACCUCCACAAGUCUGGUUCAACCUUGGGAGCAAUUUCCAAACGCCUGAAGGUACCACGUUCAUCUGUACAAACAAUAGUACGCAAGUAUAAACACCAUGGGACCACGCAGCCGUCAUACCGCUCAGGAAGGAGACUGGUUCUGUCUCCUAGAGAUGAACGUACUUUGGUGCGAAAAGUGCAAAUCAAUCCCAGAACAACAGCAAAGGACCUUGUGAAGAUGCUGGAGGAAACGGGUACAAAAGUAUCUAUAUCCACAGUAAAACGAGUCCUAUAUCGACAUAACCUGAAAGGCUGCUCAGCAAGAAAGAAGCCACUGCUCCAAAACCGCCAUAAAAAAGCCAGACUACGGUUUGUAACUGCACAUGGGGACAAAGAUCGUACUUUUUGGAGAAAUGUCCUCUGGUCUGAUGAAACAAAUAUAGAACUGUUUGGCCAUAAUGACCAUCGUUAUGUUUGGAGGAAAAAGGGGGUAGCUUGCAAGCCGAAGAACACCAUCCCAACCGUGAAGCACGGGGGUGGCAGCAUCAUGCUGUGGGGGUGCUUUGCUGCAGGAGGGACUGGUGCACUUCACAAAAUGGAUGGCAUCAUGAGGAAGGAAAAUUAUGAGGAUAUAUUGAAGCAACAUCUCAAGACAUCAGUCAGGAAGUUAAAGCUUGGUCGCAAAUGGGUCUUCCAAAUGGACAAUGACCCCAAGCAUACUUCCAAAGUUGUGGCAAAAUGGCUUAAGGACAACAAAGUCAAGGUAUUGAGUGGCCAUCACAAAGCCCUGACCUCAAUCCUAUAGACAAUUUGUGGCAGAACUGAAAAAGCGUGUGCGAGCAAGGAGGCCUACAAACCUGACUCAGUUACACCAGCUCUGUCAGGAGGAAUGGGCCAAAAUUCCCCCAACUUAUUGUGGGAAGCUUGUGGAAGGCUACCUGAAAUGUUUGACCUAAGUUAAACAAUUUAAAGGCAAUGCUACCGAAAUACUAAUUGAGUAUGUAAACUUCUGACCCACUAUUAUUAUUCUGACAUUUCACAUUCUUAAAAUGAAGUGGUUUCCUGGGACUAAACACCUCCCUCUGCAACUGGAUCCUGGACUUCCUGACGGGCCGCCCCCAGGUGGUAAGGGUAGGUAACAACACAUCUGCCACACUGAUCCUCAACACGGGGGCCCCUCAGGGGUGCGUGCUCAGUCCCCUCCUGUACUCUCUGUUCACCCAUGACUGCAUGGCCAGGCACGACUCCAACACCAUCAUUAAGUUUGCCGACGACACAACAGUGGUAGGCCUGAUCACCGACAACGAUGAGACAGCCUAUAGGGAGGAGGUCAGAGAUCUGGCCGUGUGGUGCCAGGACAACAACCUCUCCCUCAACGUGACCAAGACAAAGGAGAUGAUUGUGGACUACAGGAAAAAAAAGAGGACUGAGCACGCCCCCAUUCUCAUCGACGGGGCUGUAGUGGAACAGGUUGAGAGCUUCAAGUUCCUUGGUGUCCACAUCACCAACGAACUAUCAUGGUCCAAACACACCAAGACAGUCGUGAAGAGGGCACGACAAAGCCUAUUCCCCCUCAGGAGACUAAAAAGAUUUGGCAUGGGUCCUCAGAUCCUCAAAAAAUUAUACAGCUGCACCAUCGAGAGCAUCCUGACUGGUUGCAUCACCGCCUGGUAUGGCAACUGCUUGGCCUCUGACCGCAAGGCACUACAGAGGGUAGUGCGUACGGCCCAGUACAUCACAGGGGCAAAGCUCCCUGCCAUCCAGGACCUCUAUACCAGGCGGUGUCAGAGGAAGGCCCUCAAAAUUGUCAAAGACUCCAGUCACCCUAGUCAUAGACUGUUCUCUCUGCUACCGCACGGCAAGCGGUACCGGAGUGCCAAGUCUAGGUCCAAAAGACUUCUACCCCCAAGCCAUAAGACUCCUGAACAGCUAAUCAUGGCUACCCGGACUAUUUGCACUGCCCCCCCACCCCAUACUUUUUACGCUGCUGCUACUCUGUUAAGUAUUUAUGCAUAGUCACUUACUCUACCCACAUGUACAUAUUACCUCAACUACCUCAACUAGCCGGUGCCCCCGCACAUUGACUAUGCAACGGUACCCCCCUGUAUAUAUAGCCUCCCUACUGUCACUUUAUUCUAUUGUAUAUAUAGCCUCCCUACUGUCACUUUAUUUUUACUUCUGCUCUUUUUUUCUCAACACUUUUUUGUUGUUGUUUUAUUCUUACUUUUUUGUUUAAAAUAAAUGCACUGUUGGUUAAGGGCUGUAAGUAAGCAUUUCACUGUAAUGUCUGCACCUGUUGUAUUCGGCGCAUGUGACCAAUAAAAUUUGAUUUGAUUUGAUCCUAACUGACCUAGGAGAGGGAUUUUUUACUAGGAUUAAAUGUCAGGAAUUGUGAAAAACUGAGUUUAAAUGUAUUUGGCUAAGGUGUAUGUAAACUUCCGACUUUAACUGUAUUUUGAUUUGUAAAAAAAUGUUUUGGUUACUACAUGAUUCCAUAUGUGUUAUUUCAUAGUUUUGAUGUCUUCACUAUUAUUCUACAAUGUAGAAAAUAGUCAAAAUAAAGAAAAAAUGUCAAUGAGUAGGUGUUGUAAAACUUUUGACCGGUAGUGUAUAUCUAUUUUAUACUUCCUCUUUCUCGCUUUUCUCAGGCUCAGGCCAAAACACGGCACAAGGUGAUGGGAGUCCUGGACAUCUAUGGUUUUGAAAUAUUUGAGGUAAGUGUAAUGGCUCACAGUUUGUGAAAGGGACCUAAAUGGACAGAAGCUACCUCACACAUCCCCUCACCCAUGAGCAAAAGCAUAUUGUUUGCCUAAAACAAAGAAUUUGUGUGGUUUCAUGAGAUAAUACAUUUGACAUAAACAACUAGCAACUAAACUUACACAGUCCAGUGUGUCUUUUUAAGUUGAUCUCGAAAUAGCAUGUUCCUAAUGCGCCUGACUGUUCCCCACUCAUUGUGAAGUCGUUCCAUUCCUCUCUCCUGAAUGUUGUUGUCUGGGCCGACAGGAUGGAGUAAGUACACCUGCCGAGGGCGUGCUGGUUGCAGUGUGCAUGCUACUAUCUAUCUUCUAGUCCUAAUUCAGAUCCUCAUCUAGAACAGGACUUCCAUUGUGUUUUUUGUGGUGCGAUAUGAAGGAGUACUGGUGCCUCUUAAGUGAAGGAGAGGACAUACAAUAGCAGAGCUUUUCUGAAGAGUGUAUGAAGUAGCCUGGUCCCAGAUCUGUUUGUGCGGUCUUGUCAACUCCUAUGGUCCUCCAAAUGUUUGGCAAGGCUGCACAAACAGAUCUGAGACCAGGUUAUGUAUGAACACACUCCUGUUGCCAUGUGUGUCCUGCUCCUACUGACCAGCAGUGUCCAGUACGCCCUUCGCCCCCAAUAGUUAUGCUGUUCUAACCCACUGUAACCUAAGCAAAUGAGUGAUAUAUUGUUACCUAACCCAACCAACGCUGAUGCUGUUUGCCAAGUAGGGUUGAUUGCAAUGAAAAAAUGAACUGGUGUUCUUAAUUGAUAGGAAAAGGGGGUACUUUUUUUUUAUAAUUUAGGCUUUGAAAUGGUUAACAAAAAACAAUAUUUUGUGCUCACUGUUCAACACCUUUUUGAAACGGGUUUCUGAUAAACACUGAAGCUUUACCGAGGUUAGUUUACAUGUAUCCAUGAUAAGAAACACAGGUAGGAUUUUACGAUCAGGAAGCUAUUUGUCUUGUCCAAAGACACUGUCCUUUGUUUGUUCAAGAGUGGUUGUAAAGCAAUAAGGAGGAAUGUCAACAAGGAAUAGAAAGUUCUAGACCCUUUCUGGUUGCUUGGUUGCCUAGAUUGGUAGCUAGCAUUGCCACAGUUUUAAAGUAGAUCAGUUCCCACAGUACUUCAGAGAGAAAAUAGAUUAUCUCGGUUUGUUUGGAAAGAGACAUUUUCUUUGUUAGCGUGACAUUACAGUGAAGGAAUGGAGCUUGAGCAAUUUUGGAGCCAGCCUGGGUCUGUUUUGGCAUGCAUGCGAGAGAGGACAGCAGUCCAGUGUAUUAGUGAGUUUUACCCCCAAUAUGUGGUACCCUGCUGUUUGCAUCUGGACAGGCUAAAAUGCUCAAAUGUGGCCUAAUGACCGAACAUGAGUCUAAAUGGUAUCUAUGGGUGUUCUCCUCUACAGGACAACAGCUUUGAACAGUUUAUCAUCAACUACUGCAACGAGAAGCUUCAGCAGAUCUUCAUCGAACUGACGCUACGUGAAGAGCAGGAGGAGUACGUCAGAGAGGUAAGGAAUGGUUCCCUGUUUCCCUUACUGGGGACAACCGGGCUUUAGAGCACACCGUAUCAAAACGUUUUAAAACCGUCAAUGAAAAUGAGUGUUUCUUAUAGCAUUGCCUCAUUGUUCUAGUAGAUCAGUGCCCACAGUAGUUCAGAGAGAAAAGAGAUUCCCUUGGUUUGUUUGGAAAUAAAAAAUUUCUUUGUUAGCGUGACAUUACAGCUAAAACCAUAGCAUCCUCUCUGCCCCCCUGACACCUCUACAUUCCACACACUGACGGGUCAAUUUGUAGUGUGAGCCAUGCCUGUCAUCCAGUGUUUUAGUAUGUCUGGGCUGUGACGUUGACCAUGCCUAUAUCACUCAUCUCUUUCACCUCUGUUUUAUCUAGACGCUCCCCUGUUCGCUCCGUGUACUUCUUGCUCUUUCACUCGUUUCUUUCCCAUCCAUUUAAUCUUUCACUUUUCUCUCUGCCUCUGUUUCCCAUUUCUCUUCCUCCAUGUUCUAUUGUCCACCUCCCUUAUCUUUCUAGUCCUCUCUCUCUCUCCCUCCUUCCCUGCCCUCACCCUUCUCUCCUGCUCUCUUCACCACUAUUUCCAUAUCUCUCAUUCUCCUCCCUCUCCUCCUCUGUGGGUUUGGGGACUGAAGUGAUCCUUCACUCCAGCAGGGGAAAACAGACUUCUCCCCCUGGGGCUCGGGCCUCUGUUUGCUUUCAGAGCUCUAAGUAUGUGAGUGCUACUCCCUUGACCUCCCCUCCAUGAUAUUCCACUGCCUGGCCUCGCUCCAGAUCAGUGCAUGGGAAAAUACCACACUGUGGGAGACAGGAGGGGGCAGGAGAGUGGGGACAAACCACCAAUCAGGAUGCAGAGUCUGCAUCCCCACAUGGCUAACCCAGCCCCGCCCCCAAACCUGGUCUCCCUGUCUGUCUGUCACACAGGCCAAGUCAGCCAGAACCUAGCGGUUCCAAUUGUUUUUCCACCAUUCAUUUUUCCCAUAGGGGAUUUUAGAAACACUUAAAAUAAGGGCUGUGUUUCGUUUAGGCUUACCCUGGCGUGAAGUUUUGAUAAGCAUGUAAAUCUCACUCAGACAAGGUGAUUUUUAUAAAUAUAUUCUGCUCUAUUUAUACUGAAAUUGAAAAUGCUAAUUAGCAUCAAAGAAGACAUCAUGCAAGACUACACAUCCCUGCAAGCUCCUGCAUGUCAUCUCUAGCUGAUACCUUUGCAAACAGAAAUUGUCAGUUUAAAACUUGCUCAAGACGGUUCACAGAAUUGUCAAUUUUAAGGAAAUGUAGCUAAUUAAUUCAUUACUACGUUUAGCUAACGUUAGAUAGUUAAUCCAGAGAUUCUUACCUUUGCUUUAAUUCGGCAGUCUCAUCUAGAUCAUCAUGGCAUUUGUAGUUCUUUAUGAUUGCCUCAUUAGCAGCUAAUUAGCAUUUCAUUUUUUUUUGGGGGGGGGGGGGUAAAUACAGGCAAAUAUGUUGAUAAGUCACCUUGUCCUAGAGAUAUUUACACGGUUAUCAAAACGUCACGCCAGGGUAAACCUACAUGGGACACAGCCCUUAUUUUAAGUGUUUCUAAAAUCCCCUGUGGGAAAAAUGAAUGGUGGAAAAAACGAUUGGAACCAUUUCCCUGUUUGACCGCUAGGUUUUAUGGGUAUGAUGACUCCUACUGUGGUACUCUAUGGCCCAUUGGUUAGCUGCCUGUCUGAGAGUAUAGAAAGUCAGGGCGUUUAUCUCUUAAGCCACUCAGGUCUGUAUAAGUAAGUCUAGGUGAGGUCAGGAUUACGCUACAGGACAAUGCUUUGUUGGAACGCCCAAGACCUAAGUGAAAGUUAAUAGGGAAAAAGAGAAAAUAGUAACCCGUUUGUAACCUCUUGUCCUCUGUUGUUUGACAGGGCAUCGAAUGGACCAACAUUGAGUAUUUCAACAACGCCGUUAUCUGUGACCUCAUCGAGAAUGUAAGUCGGUCUCCCUCAAUGCCAUCUGAUUCUUGGAAAGCAAAACAAAGCAAUUUCACAAUAAACCAUGAAUAAUAACUUGAAACAAUUUUCCAUGAUAUACACAUCAUGGUUUAUCGCUAGUGACAAGACAUGAUUACAUCAAAUAUGAGAGAACUUUGGGCUGUAAUCACAGUUGACUCGGUUUAGAACAAUUAUAAUACUGUAUCGUACAUUUAGAAUUUAUUUUGAAGAAUGUCCUAAGAAUGUAUUCUAAGAAUAAUAUGUUAAGAGGCAUGCGUUAUAAUAAUCCCACUCUCUCCUCUUUAUCUCUGUUGUAGAACCAGAAUGGUAUCUUGGCCAUGUUGGAUGAGGAGUGUCUCAGGCCAGGCACAGUGACUGAUGACACCUUCCUAGACAAGCUCAACACCAUCUGUGCUGAGCACCAGCACUUUGAGAGUCGCCUCAGCAAGAACUCCAAGUUCCUGACAGACCACAGCCUGCCUCACAGCUGCUUCCGCAUCCAACACUACGCCGGGAAAGUAGGGAGGAGAAACACACCUUACAUAUACUGGGAGACCAUGUGGGACCCAGGGUUGGGGUCAAUUCCAUUUCAAUUCAGGAAGUAAACUGAAAUUCCAAGUCCAAUUUUAGUUUUUUUUCCUGACUUGACUGAAUUUAAAUGGAUAAAUUAACCCCAAUCCUGGUGGGACCUGAAUUAAACUGAACAUAGACAUGUAUUACCUAGAUCUGGCACUGGUAAUCACUGGCGAGGAGAAAAGAUGGGAUCAAUACUGAUUAUAGUCACAUGAGCGGAGAGGAGAGGAGCAUGCAGAUUUGGGUUAAGAGCAUUACCUGGAGUGCAUCACAUGCAGUGAUUGUAAAAAAUAUCAAUAAUGCAGAGGUUUUCCUUGACACAUGAUGGACCAGAAUAGCCCAGAAUAUAUCCUGCUUUAAAGACACUCCGGGUAAAUGGAUCUAUAAUCCCCAUUUGGUCAAAAUGCCCUACAGUGUUGCAUUUUCAUUAAUCGGAUUCAAUCCAUGGCAAGUAUUUCCUCAGGAUGAGUUUAGGAUUGACAGUGAAGUGCUACUACUCCUCCUCCCUCUGACUGGGUUGUCUGUCUUUUUACAGGGCAAUAACAGAUAUUUUCUGUGCUUCGUGUCUGAGUAUUUACAUCACUGUCUUGGUGUUUUCAUCAUUGUCUUGUGGUCUAGGUGCUGUACCGCGUGGAGGGCUUUGUAGACAAGAACAAUGACCUGCUGUACAGAGACCUGUCCCAGGCCAUGUACAAGGCCACCCACAGCCUGAUGAGACAGCUGUUUCCUGAAGGAAACCCUGCUAAGGUCAACCUGAAGAGACCCCCCACUGCAGGCUUCCAGUUCAAGGCCUCCGUAGGGGGACUCAUGAGGAACCUGCAGACCAAGAACCCUAACUACAUCAGGUACAGUAAACCUAAAACCCCACCUACACUACCUUUUGAAAGUUUGGGGUCACUUAGAAAUGUCCUUGUUUUUGAAAGAAAAUCAAAUUUCUUGUCCAUUUUAAAAUAGCAUCAAAUUGAACAGAAAUACAGUGUAUACAUUGUUAAUGUUGUAAAUGGCUAUUGUAGCUGGAAACAGCUGAUUUUUAAUGGAAUAUCUACAUAGGCGUACAGAGGCCCAUUAUCAGCAACCAUCAGUCCAAUGGCACGUUGUGUUUGCUAAUCUAAGUUUAUCAUUUUAAAAGGCUAAUUGAUCAUCAGAAAAACCUUUUGCAAUUAUGUUAGCGUAGCUGAAAACUGUUGUGGUGAUUACAGAAGAAAUUAAACGUUCCUUCUUGAGACUAGUUGAGUAUCUGGAGCAUCAGCAAUUGUGGGUUCGAUUACAGGCUCAAAAUGGCCAGAAACAAAUAACUUUCUAAUGAAACUCGUCAGUCUAUUCUUGUUCUGAGAAAUGAAGGCUAUUCCAUGUGAGAAAUGUAACUGAAGGUCUCGUACAACGCGGUGUACUACUCCCUUCACAGAACAGUGCAAACUGGCUCUAACCAGAAUAGAAAGAGGAGUGGGAGGCCCCGGUGCACAACCGAGCAAGAGGAGAAAUACAUUAGUGUCUAGUUUGAGAAACAGACGCCUCACAGGUCCUCAACUGGCAGCUUCAUUAAAUAGUACCCGCAAAACACCAGUCUCAACGUCAACAGUGAAGAGGCGACUCCGGGAUGCUCAACUUCUAGGCAGAUAUCUCAGAACAACAAUAGACUGAUGAGUUUCAGAAGAAAGUUCUUUGUUUCUGGCCAUUUUGAGCCUGUAAUCGAACCCACAAUUGCUAAUGCUCCAGAUACUCAACUAGUCUCAAGAAGGCCAGUUUUAUUGCUUCUUUAAUAAGCACAACAGUUUUUCAGCUGUGCUAACAUAAUUGCAAAAGGGUUUUCUAAUGAUCAAUUAGCCUUUUAAAAUGAUAAACUUGGAUUAGCAAACACAACGUGCCAUUGGAAUACAAGACUGAUGGUUGCUGAUAAUGGGCCUCUGUACGCCUAUGUAGAUAUUCCAUUUAAAAAAAAGCCAUUUCCAGCUACAAUAGCCAUUUACAACAUUAACAAUGUCUACAGUGUAUUUCUGAUCAAUUUGAUGCUAUUUUAAUGGACAAAAAAAUUGCUUUUCUUUCUAAAACAAGGACAUUUCUAAGUGACCCCAAACUUUUGAACGGUAGUGUAUAUCAUGUACAGUAAACCUAGAACCCCACUUACAUCAUGUAAAUUACCAUUCACUCCGAGGAUAAUGUAUUCAAAAGGAACAGUAUUGUGAUCAGAAAAAAAUCAACAAACUCUAAACUCCUUGGGGCAGUAUUCUGAGAUCUGUUAGCUCUGAUCGGGUCCACUGUCUACCAUUGUGACCAUUGCAUGUCCGACUCUGUCUGUCUGUUCUCCUCAGGUGCAUCAAGCCCAACGAUAAGAAGGCAGCCCACAUCUUCACUGACUCACUGGUGUGUCACCAGGUGCGUUACCUGGGACUGAUGGAGAAUGUGCGUGUGAGGAGGGCAGGCUACGCAUUCCGCCAGCCCUAUGAGCCUUGUCUGGAGCGAUACAAGAUGCUCUGCAAGCAGACCUGGCCUCACUGGAGAGGACCCGCCAGGUAGGACCUCAGCUCUGCCUUUACAGAAAUACUGUAGUUAUUAACUGCCUGUUCGUAAUAUGUUAUUUACCAUGUGAUGAUCAUAGAGUAAAAAGAUCUACCUCUUCCUCAAUCAAAUCAAUCUAAUGUAUUUAUAAAGCCUUUUUUACAUCAGCAGUUUCCACAAAGGGCUUUUACAGUUUCCCUUCCCAUGUUCAGCAGUGUUCUAAUUGUAUAACAAUGUAGCAACAGCACUGUAGUCAUCAUGGAGGAUUUUCCCAUGCAUAUCCCACCAUGAUACAACUGUCAACAAGCCGUGUUGGGUUGGCUUGAUCUGGUUGUGCUGGGUGACUAUCAGAUCAUCUAACAGCUCAAUCAAUUCCUUUACUUUGUCCAGGGCAUGUUGAGGCAGUUGCCCCAUAUCUCUGCAAUGUGCCCAUAUCACUCUGAGUCAUGUUACAUUCACUGUAAAGGUAUUAGGGAUGGGCACGGUUAAUCGAACAGACUUUAGUAUUCGCUUAUUGAGAAUACGUUUUGGGAGAAAAAUUGUAGGCCUAUUUUAACAAUGAAAAAGCUUUGUCUAAAUUAAAUUAAUCUUGUGACAUUUUUACCUACAAGGAUAUACCGUGACAAUUUAAAUUAUUAAUUUAAUUAAACGACAAACUUUUGAAUGUACUUUCUCUAAUGGUGCGUUGAGCUACUGCUGCGCAUUUCGCCCUCCAGGCUGCCCUGAAAUCGGUAUUUACUUCAAAUAGCAUUUACAGGCACUCACCUGAGUUUCCACAAUACCUGACACAGAUCAAUGCAAAACACUCACCAGAAACCCUUUUUGUAACAGAAUCAGUUGUAUCAUGGCGAAUAUCAGCCUUUUCUUUCGCUGUUGCUGUUAACCAAACUACUGGAGAAAGUAGCACGUCCGCCCCUGCCAUGUGAUUUGGUCAUUCGGAUUGGUCAAGAGUCUGGAUAUCGUAAAUUUUUUAUAUUAUUCGAAUAGGAAAAUAAUUUCAAAUGCCCAUCCCUAAAAGGUAUUACAUCGAUUCCUAUCUGAUGUGGAUUAUACACAACAGCAUAUUUGGUGUCUAGUGUGUGUGCCUACUAUCCUCCUUAUAUGGUGUGAAUAAGUGGUUCAUGAGGUUACAACAUGUUUUCAUCAUGUUAUCGUCUUAGAAUGGCAUCUUUCCCCCUGUACUCCCUGCCUUAUCUGAUCCAUCUACCCCCUCUCCCUCUGUCUCUCUCUCUCUCACUCCCCUAUCUUUUGUCCUUUCCGCUUCAUCUGAACUAUCCCGAUCUUGUACCUUUAAUCAUGUACAUGUGACAGUCCCAUGUCCAACUAGUUAAGAGAAUGGUCGUAACAGAAUAGUUAAGAGUUGUUCAUCUCUGUCUCCCUGUAGGGACGGAGUGGAGGUGCUGCUGACCGACUGUUCUGUUUCAGCUGAGGAGUUUGCCUACGGACGCUCCAAGAUCUUCAUCAGGAACCCCAGAACGGUAGCAUGACAUGAGAUGACAUAACAUAACAUUGUAGAAGCACACCCAGUUGAUCUGGACCAUGUUACUGAGUCUGAUGGUAUUAAUGGUACUACUUGAUGUUUUGUUUUUAUUGUAUUUUGUACGUAAGGUUUAGAAAGGGUUACCGCCAAGGAUGUGACACAACUUUGAAGAGAGCAGCAUGCUCUGUAACUGGCAUUUGUCCAGUUUUAUUAGCCCGGAAGAUUUAGCCAUAGAUCAUAAAUGUGAGGAGACAUGGAUGUAUUCAUAUACAGUUUGACUAAAGCCAGAAUCCAGUGGGCUCAUGCUCUCAUGUUUGACCUGCAUUAAAAAGCUUCUAGAAGCAGGAAGUCGUGCUCUGCUGAGCCCCUCUCUACUAAUUACAACACUUAACCUACAUUAUGGAACAUUCUAAGAACACAUGGUUUCACUUAUCCAUUCUACAGCUGCUCACAUAGGUGUGUGGGGGGGGGGGGAACAUUUAGGCCUACUCUCCAUAGCAGCAUGGGCUUUUAGAAACUGCAGUGAUGGGUGGAACAACGUACUCUUUAGUCAGUCCAGGAGCCAGCCUAAACAAAGCCUGAUCUCAUAGGGGUUUGUCCUUAUCCUUGAUCUACGUUACCUUCUUACCAGAUUAGCUAGGUAUCUCCAUCUCUCAGCUGUACAGUGAAGGUACAGUUCAGUCAGGCUGGUGGUAGGGUGGGGUCUAGUCACUGAACUCCCAUCCCCUAGAUCUGUCUGGAACUGUCUUUUGAGGUGGAAGAUGUGUUUGGGCAGAUAUAGAAGCCUCUUAUCAAUCUCAAGAUCUUGUGCCAAAAUGGUAUCCUGUCUAAUUGAAAAUGUCCUCUCAUUCCUAAAUUGUACAGACUAUGCUGGCGUCCAUAGUAUCAUAGUACAUGUUUGAUGUUCCGAUCAUCCUCUUCCUGUUCCUGUGUCCCCAGCUGUUCACCCUUGAGGAGAGGAGGAGGGCGUGUCUGGAGGACCUGGCCACCCUGAUCCAGAAGAUCUACCGGGGCUGGAAGUGUCGUACUCACUUCCUCCUGCUGAAGAAAAGCCAGGUGGUGGUAGCAGCCUGGUACCGCAGAUAUGCAGUGAGUUAGCUUGUCUCUCUAACUAUGCACAUGCAGGCACACACACACAACUUCAUACCAGCCUUUAUUCAGUCUCAAGUGUAGGGGGUUGCAAAAUUCUGGAAACUUUCCCGAAGUCCUCAGGUUUUCCAGAAAUUCUAGUUUGGAUGAUUCUCAGAAUCAGGAGGGGAAAGGCGGGGAGAGAAUCGUGAUUCCUCUCCUGUUCAUUUCUGGAGCUCUUGUACAGGUGCAGGAUCUUAAUUUAAUCAGUUUCUCACAGCAGGAAAAUAAUCCUGCAGUAACAGGAAAUGUGGAUUAUAAUUAAUGGACAUUUUUGUGGGGGUUGAUACAUUUUUACUUAGGGCAAAUCAGGUCUGACAUUUUAAAGUGGGAAUUACUAACUUUAGAAGCCUUUUUAAACCUUGAAUACACUACAAGUUUGCAUUUCCUGCUGUUCAGGAAAUGACCUGUAACAACAGGGUGAUCAAAUUAAGUUCCCACAUCUAUAUAUGCUAGCUCUAGAGCUUAGAUAUCUGUAGUUCGAAUUUACUUGUCUGUUGAGCUCAGUGUUUUUUGCCUUGUCCUGUUGCAGCAACAAAAGAAAUAUGAGAAAAUCAAGAGCGCUACACUAGUGAUGCAGUCCUUCACCAGAGGGUGGAAGGUAUGUCUAUGUCCACAUGCCAGUCAAACACUAUAAGAAUGCAUAUUUUUCUGUGAUAAUGCUGCAGUAAAGGCAUGUUUUUAAAACAAUUGUUUUUCUCCAGGCCCGCAAGAUAUUGCGACAGCUGAAAUACGAGAAGAGAUGCAAGGAGGCAGUGACUACAAUUGCAGCGUACUGGCACGGGACUCAGGUACUGGCUAAAAAACACUACCUAAUGGCUAUAUAAUGAUUAGACAAUGUAAAUAUAUAUAAUGAAGAUAUUGGGAGGAAAAUUAAUGGACUACUGAUUACGGGCAUCCACUGACUUGCUUUUACAAGGUUUGUCUGUGAUAAAGCCAGGUAGGGAAAUACUGUAUUUUAAGACAUGGCUCUGCUCAGGUCUCUCAGCUAUACUAAAAGCUAAACUAGAGCAAUUCCACAGCUUUUCUCCUCUAGUCUUCUUCUGCUGUGGCUGAUCUUACCACUGCUGCUUUUUCUCACUCUUUUUCACUCUUUCCACCCUCUCUAAUUCUUCCCACCUCACUCUCUUCCCUCCCUGCUCCCUCCAUCCUUCCACCCUCCUGGCCACCCCCAGGCUCGGAUGGAGCUGCGGCGCCUAAAGACGGAGGCGCGGAAUAAGCGCGCUGUGUCUGUGAUAUGGGCAUACUGGCAGGGGACCAAGGUAUUUAAGCCUGCUGCCAUCGUGUUUUGCCAUCUCAGCUGUCCGUCAUCCCCCAUGUCCCGCCCCUCCCCUUGAAACUUACCAAUUAAAUGGCUCCUCCUCUGUUGUCCGGUGGUCCACUAAUGUCGCCCCUCGCCUACCACUCUUUGACUCAUCUGUUUUAUUGUCCCUUUUCAUAGGUGUCAUUUUGGGGCUUGUUGAAAGGGUUACCCACUAACAUAUUUUUACCCCUUUAACCUAGAAACGUCUGUGUGCUAGCAGCCUCGGUUUUUACUGCUAUAGAGCCUUCCUUACUUACUUCCCUUAGGAACAACAGCAAGUCCCACAACACAACACGCCAUUGUCUUGGUCUGUUGUUUUCUUGUUGACGUUUGUCAUUUCAUUCCGCUGUAAUCUGUUACUAUAUGAGACUUGAUGUACAGUAGGCUACAAUAGAUCAUCAAAAUGGUAUAUCAUGUGUUCACUUUGAUGCUGCAUUAGUUCUGAGAAUAGACCAUGCUGAGAAUAGACUGUAUUAUAUGUGCUAUAUAACACACUAGAGCCACCGAUCAUGUAGCCUAGGCCCUAAUGGUCAUAGCACAUAUGCUACCAUUAGCAGUUUAUGUACUUAGCGUGCCAUUCUUUGCAUUAGAGGCCCUUUAAAUCCUUUAAAACAGUCCAUGCACUACAUGUCAUAUUUGAUGGGCCUUUAAUCUGACACUAUUUUGUAACUCAGCAACAUCUUAUCUAAAGGCUUUACGGGCACACUGACCAAAUAAUCAUCAAAUACCUUUUAUUGACACAUUUAUCAAGCCUACUGUAGUCAGUUACAUGACUGAAGCAGUCGCGACUAAUCGGCCCAUCUGAUUGGUGGAUCUAGUCUCUUAGCCUGGGGAAAGCCCACGGUACUGCCACUGAAUCAGAGUGGGGUCAGUGAGUUAUGUGAGCUGUUGUACUAAAACAGACCAUGCCGAGUUCUAACGUGGUAUCAAAUAGCCAUACACAGUAGUCACAAAGUUUAAUGAAUAUAAUUGAUGUCAGAUACUAUAUCGGAUACAAUUAACUUCUGUCUACAUCAUGAAAACCUGGGCUUUUGUACUAAUGGUGCUAAUUCAUAUCACUCAGUCAUAAGCGUCAAAGAGUCGUUCAUGUUAUCCUCCAUUGUCUUAAUCUGUUUGCUACUUCAUUGCGGGGUAGGCUACACAUUUCUGUCUGUCUGCUUCUUAUUCCUACCAACACCCAUCCCAACGGGUAUAUUCUUUCCAAAACACAAUAAACAAUAAACCCCACCACUUCCCCAGGCUCGGCAAGAACUGUGGCGUCUAAAGAAGGAGGCGCGAGAAAAGCUCGCUGUGUCUGUCAUUUGGGCUGGCUGGCAGGGGACCAAGGUAUUUGGGAAGCAGCCUGUCGUCGACAAUAUCCAUCCGCCCACCUGCCAUUUCUCCAUCAAAUCAACCCAGGCCGAUGCCAGAGCCCUGCAUUAGCUAAACAUUGGUCUGAACAGACCCCAACAUGUCUCUCUAGCUAUCCUCCCCAUUACCACCACCCAUCUCAUCUAUAUUGCAUGAAAAGGUGCCAUACGAACCCCUCAUCCAAUGUCCCGUCGCAUGCCAAAACAUAAUUGAAGGGGGGGAAAGUCACCUAACCUACUGGAAUGGAGCAAGACCCCUAAGCCCCCAUGCUGGCUCUCUCAGCCCAGCUAGCUGCUGUUAGCUAGCCUUUAAUGGUUUAAUGGAAGAGAUCUAGAGAUAGAUGGCUGGAGUUCUGGUGACCCUUGGCUCUGGUAGAUAAUAGACAGGCCUGUGCACUAGGGGGGAGGGAUGGGGGUGGGGUAAGGGUAAAGAUACAGUCACUUAAGCCUCUUUGCUAUGCAGCCUGAUGGAUUAUAGCUGAUCCAGACUGAAAUCGGGAGGGGGGUGAGGAAGACGGGGGUGCGGCAGGGGGAAUUUUGCCACGCGCUAGACUGGCAUCACACACACACACACUCGCACAGUGUCUGGAACCUUGGAUAGACCCUGUGCCUGCCCUACCCCAAACCACCAACACACUCCGCUAUCCUGGCAUUGAUUUAUCCUCCCUUGUUAUCAAAGGUCAGGAUGUUUGGGUGUGUUGUGUUUCUAUUCCUCCCUGAGGCCCAAGCCUCACCUUUUGCAUGCUGUUCUCUUUAGAAGUUGCAUGCUGCUACUCUUUGCUUGCUGAUUCCUUGAGGCUUGCAGUGAUUGUUUUUUUUGUGUGCAAUGCAGUGUAUGGAACCUUGGAGAAACCUUUGAACUUUGUACUUUGCUCCUGCUCAACAGAGCCACCUGUUUAAAUAAAAAGGUUCUAGCCAAUAUAGAUGUACAGUACAUACACAUUUAAUAAUACUGUAGUCUAUUUCAUGAUAGUUGCAUUCUUCCCAUAGUGGGUUCAAUUGUCUUCAGGAUCUUGCUAACUAGACAGGCUCUUGUGUGAUGUGUCCUCACACAGGGCAGUGUCUCUUCCUCCAUAUCAGUCUCUUAUUAUUUCCUCCUUUCACUCUUUCCUUCCCUCUUUUUCCUCCCUUCUUCCCGACAGGCACGCAGGGAGCUAAGGCGCCUGAAGGAGGAGGCCAGGCGUAAGCACGCCGUCGCUGUCAUUUGGGCCUACUGGCGGGGACUCCAGGUAUACCUGCCCACUCCCUCUUACCCUCAGCCACUCCCUACUAUCCUGCCCAGCCACUCCCUACUACCCUCCAGCCACCCUUCUACCCUGCCCUUACACCCUGCCACCCCCUACCUCCCAGACAUCACCCCUGCCUUUGGUGUUGGAGGGGUAGGCACACUUCACAAAACCAGCAUGUAGCCAGCCUCAGCCUGUCAAAACUCGGGAGCCCCCUGGACCAACCACACAGUGAUGUCCCAGUUAAUGCAUGCAAGCUCCAGAGUGACUGAUUUGAGAUCUGGGCAGUCCAGUACCAAAGUAUAUGCCCCUCCUACCUUCCCUCCUCUCCUCUAUCCCUGCAGUGACACACAUUACAUUAUUACGUUCCACGUCCAGUGUUUAGAGGAUUCAGAUGUGUGCCAUGAGGUUAAAUCUGCCCUAUAUAACCCAGGGCUUUAGAUAAGCUGGCUAUGGCUGGUUAUAAUUGAGUGACAGCUGCUUUUCUUUACCCCUGCUUGUUCCUGAAGACUGCAGCCCCUUAACAGAGAGGUCAAAGGCUACUACUUGCCCUGACUGACAUGGCAGAGGCUGCCUGGAUGUCUGUCUGACUGUCUCUCUAGCCAUGUUUGUCUGUCCUGUCUGCACGCUAAGCUAUCUAACCCUCUACAUGUACUCAGUCCCAAUGUAGCAUAUCAUCUUUCGCUCUGUUUUCGUCCAGGUGUCCUGGUUGUGUCCCAUUUCUCUACUGUUUUGACCUGUUGUUUUGUCUAGCUUCCGCUUUGUCUGAUGCUAUAUCUACUCCAUUCUCUUGUCCUUUUCACCAGUAUUAUUGUAGUCUGAGUGGCCCCAAUCCUCUCACUAAUUGACUGCACAAUGUGCACGUCACCUUUGCACAUCACAGAGAAGCUCUCAGCACCUGUUAACGAUUAACUGACUCCAAUCAGUGUGAUUUAAAUUGACCUCAUCAAUUUAUGUAACAUCUCAUUUUCAGCAAAACCAUUUAGGAGAAAAGUCAAAUUCUGAUCAAAGUUUUGUUGAAUGCUCAGCAAUUUACCUACAGUAUAAUAUUUUCUCUCCCUUUGUACGUUGGGUUCAUUGUUUAACUAACCACGUCUGCCUGUUGUUCUAGUGAAGGGUUCUCCAACCCUGUUCCUGGAGAGUUUCUGUCCUGUAGAUUUUUGCUCCAACCCUUAAUCUAGUGCACCUGAUUCUAAUAAUUAGCUGGUUGAUGAGAGGAAUCGGUUUAGAUAAAACUGGGGUUGGAGUGAACCUACAAGAGCUCCCCAGGAACAGGGUUGGAGGGUCCUGUUCUAGAGUCAUGUCAAUCAGUGUUGUUGUGAUAUCAUUCCUCAAAUCAGAUCACUAUGGUGAUGAUCAGUUGUCUCCUUGGUUACAGGUGCGCCAGGAGUACAGGAAAUUCUUUAGGGCCAACGCUGGCAAGAAGAUCUACAACUUUAUCAUCCAGAGAAUUGUAAGUGGGAGCAAGAUGGCAAGACAACACAAUCAGAUCGGGGACCAGCCUAGCAGGAAUGAGCCGUCCGUCCCUUUUAAGCACUGUUCUUCUGAAUCACUAGGGUCCGGUUUCCCGGACACAGAUUAAGCCUAGUCCUGUAUUAAAAAGCACAUUAAAUGGAGAAUCUCAGUUGAACAUGCUUCUCGGACAAGGCUUAAUCUUUGUCCGGGAAACCGGUUCUAUAUGUUCCUGAAUGUCAACAGUAAUCCAAGUCUGAAUGGGAGGUAUAGAAUAUAUGCCCGUCUCCCUCCCUCCAGAUGCAGAAGUACUUCCUGGGUCUGAAGACUACCAUGCCCUCCAUGUCCCCCAUAGACAACACCUGGCUGGCCCAGCCUUACAGUUUCCUGGAGGGAGCUCACACUGAGCUCAGGAGGAUCUUCCACCUCUGGAGGGUCAGUUAGUUAUUAUCUUUGGCAGUUCUUUCAAGUGGUCAUCACUGAUCCUACAAAUUAUUAUAAGCGUCAAGUAGUAUAUGCCACUACCCAGCGGGCAAAUCUGAUUGAUAUGUCAUUAUAACCAGAUUACAACCUGGUUGUAAACUGGUUGUACGGAUGUACAACCAGCGUUGCGCGCUGGCUUUAUAACUUACAGUACGGGGGACAUCAAUAUAACACAUUUCCUAGGGAUUGAUUAUGUAUUUUUUGAAUGAUUAGUGCAAGAAGUACAGGGGCCAGUUCACAAAGGAGAAGAAGGCUGUGUAUGAGGAGAAACUGGAGGCCAGUGAGAUCUUCAAGGACAAAAAGGCUCUGUACCCCAGCAGGUAUAUCAUAUUGUCCUUUUUGAUUUAAUACAUUACAUAAUGUUUGACGUAAAGCUAAUGUUCCAAGCAGUGAAUCUGGCACAUUUUUCCUCUGAGUAUAAUCUAUGAAUUGCUGCAGGUUCCUCUCUGUUGCUUUCUUAGGUCCAUGAAAAGCGCUAUAUAAAAUACAUGCAUUAUUAUUAUUUCAGUGUGAGCCAGCCUUUCAAAGGAGAUUAUCUGGAGAUCCAGAAGAACCCCAAGUACCAGAAGCUGAACAGUGCUGUGGAGGAGAAGGUGCUACUGGCUGACGUGGUGAACAAGAUCAACAGGGCCAACGGCAAGGCAAGUACCUUUCUCAAAGUACCUUACCUCAGCAAAAUCAGAUCAACAAGUACCUUACCUCCGCAAAAUCAGAUCAUCAAGUACCUUACCUCAGCAAAAUCAGAUCGACAAGUACCUUACCUCAGCAAAAUCAGAUCAACAAAUACCUUACCUCGGCAAAAUCAGAUCAACAAGUACCUUACCUCAGCAAAAUCAGAUGAAGUACCUUACCUUAGCAAAAUCAGAUCGACAAGUUCAAGACUGCUGCCCUAUGUACAUAGUCAUUUAAAGCUGGUCACUUUAAUAAUGUUUACAUACUGUUUUACCCACUUUAUACAGUGCCUUCAGAAAGUAUUCACACUACUUGACUGUUUCCACAUUUUGUUGUGUUAGUCUGAAUUUAAAAUAGAUUAAAUGUAGAUUUAUUUUUGUCAUUGGCCUACACACAAUACCCCAAAAUGUCAAAUUAGAAAUGAAAAGCUGAAAUGUCUUGAGUCAAGUAUUCAACCCCUUUUGUUAUGGCAAGCCUAAAUAAGUUCAGCUGAAAAAAUGUGCUUAACAGGUCACAUAAAUUGCAUGAUUUUUGAGUGACUAGCUCAUUUAUGGACCCCACACAUAAAAUGAUCUGUAAGGUCCCUCAGUCAAGCAGUACAUUUCAACCACAAAGACCAGGGAGGUUUUCCAAUGCCUCACAAAGAAGGGCACCCAUUGGUAGAUGGGUAAAACAUUUAAAAAGCAGACAUUGAAUAUCUCUUUGAACAUGGUGAAGUUACGGCCCAGUACAUCACUGGGGCAAAGCUCCCUGCCAUCCAGGACCUCUAUACCAGGCGGUGUCAGAGGAAGGCCCUCAAAAUUGUCAAAGACUCCAGCCACCCUAGUCAUAGACUGUUCUCUCUGCUACCGCACGGCAAGCGGUACCGGAGUGCCAAGUCUAGGUCCAAAAGACUUCUCAACAGCUUCUACCCCCAAGCCAUAAGACUCCUGAACAGCUAAUAAUGGCUACCCGGACUAUUUGCACUGCCCCCCCACCCCAUCCUUUUUACGCUGCUGCUACUCUGUUAAGUAUUUAUGCAUAGUCACUUUAACUCUACCCACAUGUACAUAUUACCUCAACUACCUCAACUAGCCGGUGCCCCCGCACAUUGACUCUGCAACGGUACCCCCCUGUAUAUAUAGCCUCCCUACUGUCACUUUAUUUUACUGUAUAUAUAGCCUCCCUACUGUCACUUUAUUUUUACUUCUGCUCUUUUUUUCUCAACACUUUUUUGUUGUUGUUGUUUUAUUCUUACUUUUUUUGUUUAAAAUAAAUGCACUGUUGGUUAAGGGCUGUAAGUAAGCAUUUCACUGCAAUGUCUGCACCUGUUGUAUUCGGCGCAUGUGACCAAUAAAAUUUGAUUUGAUUUGAUUAAUAAUUACACUUUGGAUGGUGUAUCAAUACUCAGUUGCCGGAGAGGAAGGAAACCGCUCAGGGAUUUCACCAUGAGGCCAAUGGUGAUUUUAAAACAGUUUAAUGGCUGUGAUGGGAGAACUGAGGAUGGAUCAACAACAUUGUAGUUACUCCUCAAUUCUAAAAAAAAUAUUCCAAAACAUCCUGUUUGCAACAAGGCACUAAAGUAAUACUGCAAAAAAUGUGGCUAUACAAAGUGGUAUGUUUGGGGCAAAUCCAAAACAACCCAUUACUGAGUACCACUCUCUAUAUUUUCAAGCAUAGUGGCUGUAUCAUGUUAUGGAUAUGCUUGUAAUCGUUAAGGACUGGGGAGUUUUUCAGGAUAAAUAAACAUAAUGGAGCUAAGCACAGUCAAAAUCCCAGAGUAAAACCUGGUUGUCUGCUUUCCACCAGCCACUGGGAGAUGAAUUCCCCUUUCAGCAGGACAAUAACCUAAAACACAAGGCCAAACCUACACUGGAGUUGCUUACCAAGAAGACAGUGAAUGUUCCUGAGUGGCUGAGUUACAGUUUUGACUGAAAUCUACUUGAAAAUCUAUGGCAAGACCUGAAAAUGGUUGUCUAGCAAUGACCAACAACCAAUUUGACAGAGCUUGAGGACUUUUGAAAAGUAUAAUGGGCAAAUGUUGCACAGCGCAGGUGUGGAAAGCUCUUAGAGGCUUACCCAGAAAGACUCACAGCUGUAAUCGCUGCCAAAGGUGCUUCUACAAAGUAUUGACUCGGGUGUGAAAGCGUAUGUAAAUUAUAUAUUUAAUUUUCAAUACAUUUGCUAACAUUUCUAAAAACAAGUUUUCACUUUGUCAUCAAUGAGGUAUUGUGUGUAGAUGGGUGAGAUCUAUUUAGUCCAUUUUGAAUUCAGGCUGUAACACAACAAUGUAGAAUAAGUCAAGGGGUAUGAAUACUUUCUGAGGGCACUGUAUGUAUAUACUUUAUUCUAGCCAUGGCUCAUCCUAUAUAACUACUGCUGUACACACCUUUUCUAUGCAAAUACUGUCCAUACUGUCUAUACACUCAGUGGACAGUUUAUUAGGUAUACCACCCCGUUCACGUAAAUGGUUUGCUCCUACAGAAAGUGAGUCGUGAGGCCGUGGCUUGUUAUAUAAGCAGGCAGACGGGCAUCGAGGUAUUCAGUUACUGUUCGAUUGAACAUGGGCAAAAUGACUGACCUAAGCGACCUGGGUUGUCCUGAACAGAAUGAUGUAUUGUGAAGACAAUUUGCCGUGGCCACACAUUUGAAUGCACUCAUGACUCAUUCUAUGCACACCAAAAUGUGUCUGCUUCUCUGAAUUGCCUAGUGAAAGCCUAACACUGUAAGAUUGUAUUUUAUGAUUUAGCUAGUCAUGUUUGCAAUAGAACAAGCUUUCAAAUGAUGCCCACCUGACCCAGAUUGUGAUUUGUAAUGGAAUGUUUUUGAAUUGCGUAAACAGCAACAGUAAUUGUUUAAAGGCAGGGAUGCAGGGCUGUGUUCCAAACAAAACAACUACCAGUGUGCUGCUCUAGUUCCUCAACGGCACAGCUAGGAGAGCUCAAAAAAGCACCUUAUAGUUGAAAACUUCUUUGAGUCAUAAAAGUGCAUUGAUAUGACUUAGGAACUGUGCUCACUUUGGAGAGGUGUGUGGCCAUUUGGAGAGACCAGUUAGUCCUCUCACUCAAACCCUUUCAUUUUUUUUUGUCUUGAGUUUGAGUUUGAGUUUAUUUUUACAGGGACAGUGCACAUUAAUCAACGUUUCAGUAAAAGUGCCGGUUUUAGCCAGCCGGCUAAUUUUCAACCGCAGUCCCUGGGCAGGUUAUUAAAAACAAUUACAAUAUAGACAAUAACAACAUAGAACAAGACAUAGCAUACAGACAUAGCAACAUAGGACAAGCAAGACGUAGCAUACAGACCGAGCAACAUAGAACAAAAAGCAGCAAGACAAAAUUCAUAAAAGCAACAAAAUGUUUCCACACCUCACAAGUUACAGACAACAGACAUGGAGAGCGGCAACACACAGCUAGGGACCAUGUUCACAAAUCUGAUUGACCUUUAGCCAUGUCUUCAAGCAUUUUGUGAAAGUGAUAUGUGGUGCAGUUGUGUGUGUCUGAUGGCAGUGUAUUCCAGACAUGGGAAGCUCUCACAGAAAAAGCGGAUUUACUAAAGGUGCUUUUCCUUAGGGGAACUACACAGUCACCUCUCAUGGCAGACCUUGUGGAUCUGCUGCCAUAUGUUUGGGUUUUCUGUUUAACAAAAAUACUGAGUGGAGGGGGAGCCAAGCCAUUUAGGAUCUUGAAUACAAGACAUGCAUCGGUGUAUUGCACAAGAUUUUCCCAACUCAGGAGCUCAUGCUUUCUAAGGAUGUGACAGUGAUGAUGGCUAUUGGGCUUCCUAUCAAGCACUUUGAGAGCCUGUUUGUAGACAGACUGAAUAGGUCUUACUGUUGUACAGCAAGCUUGGGCCCAACUAGUCAAGCAGUAUGUUAAGUGGGGGAGUAUCAUAGAUUUGAAGUACAGUUUUGCUACCUCUGUAGUCAAACAAUUUCGUAUAAAUCGGAAAUUAGCUAGGUUGAAUUUGGUUAUUUGAAUUACCUUUUUCACAUGCUUUUUAAAAGAGAGGUUGGAAUCAAGUAUGAUGCCAAGGUACUUAAAAUCAGAUACCCCCUGGAGCUUCUCCCCUGACACAUAGACUUCUGGCUCAGUAGCAUCUGUUGCCCUCUUUGUGAAGAACAUGCAAACAGUUUUUUUCACAUUGAGAUGCAAACACGAGUCACUGAGCCACUUUGUAACCUGAACCAUUACAGUAGUGAGUUCUUGUGCAGCUUGUUGUUUGCUCUUUGCAUGCACAUAUAUCACUGUAUCAUCUGCAUACAUUUGAACUUCAGACCCAGUACAGACAGAAGGCAGAUCAUUAAUGUACAGGCUGAACAGGAGGGGCCCCAGUAUUGACCCUUGGGGCACACCCACAUCAUAGCUAAGAGUGGGCGAUAGCUCAUUGCUCACUCUGACACACUGAGUUCUGCCUUCAAGGUAUGAUUUCAUCCAUCUCAAGGCAUCGGGGGAAAAGUUGAACUUGGACAAUUUUGUGAUGAGAAUCUCAUGGUUAACAGUAUCAAAAGCCUUCCUUAGGUCCAGAAACACAGCCCCAACAACGCCCCCUUUGUCCAUCUUGGACUUCACAUUUUCCAGAAAAAAGCAGUUGGCCAUUUCUGUGGAGUGUUUCGCUCUGAAGCCAAACUGCAUGGAAUGGAAUGUGAAGGGGCUGUUGUUGAGGUGGGCAAUCAGUUGUUCUGCUACACACUUUUCAACAACCUUUGACACCACAGGUAGUAUACUAAUGGGCCUGUAGUUACUCACGUCAGCAGGGUCGCCUGAUUUAAAGAUGGCCGUUAUUAUGGCCGACUUCCAUACCCUUGGAAACACCCCGAGACCAAUAGAUGUGUUGGUGACCUUAGUAAUGGGGCCAAUGAGUGACUCUUUGUAGUUUUUAAGAAAGGUAGAGUCCAUCCCAAACACAUCUUUGGCUUUAGAGUUCUUUAGUGAGCUAAUCACCUUGUCUACCUUUGACUCAGAAACCUCCCUUAUGAUGAAGACAGGUUGAGCAUCAUUUACUAGCACUGAGCCCAAAAAACCAGUGGAGGGGUUCUGUGUCAGUACCCUGACAGAGUCAAUAAAGUAGGAAUUGAAGGCUAUUGCUAUUUCGACUGCAUCCUGUGUUAGAUUGUUAUUCACCAUGAUUUCUAGUCUUUUUGCAGUGUUACUAUGGUAUUUCCCUGUUAACUUUUUUAGAUUCUCCCAGAUCAGUUUAGAAUUUCCCUUUGCUUCACCAAUUAUGUUAAUAAAAAAGUUUGCCUUGGCCUGUCUGAUUUCUUUCAUCACCUUAUUUCUCAACAUGGUAAACCUACGUCUGUCAUGCUCUAAUUUGGAUCUUAGGGCUAUUUUUAGAUAAUAAUCUCGUUCUUUCAUCAAUUUUUUUCUUAUGGUGCACCAACCCCAGGUUUUCCAAGAAUAUUCUUAUCAUGAUACUGAAUGUAUCCAGAGUAUUUUCAGAUUUCGUUAUCAACAAAUGUGGUGAAAAGUACAGUAAAUGGAAAAUUAACACAAAAUCAACAGUGUAAUGUUUGGAUUCUGUCUUGUCAGGUGAACUGUUGUGUUUUCGCAUAAUCUCUAAACUGUUCCCUUUUAAUUACUACCAUGGUUAUGCAUAUACUUUCCAUAUUUCGUCUGUAAGAAACAUUUCAAUUUAGCCCUAUCCAUAUAGGCCAAUUCCUAGGAGUGUAAGGGGUUAUUUUAUUGUUUUAGUUUUUUUACUUUUGGAUUAUGUGUGUAUUAUUGCUAGAUAUUGUUUUUGGAGCUAGAAACAUAAGCAUUUCGCUGCAGCUGCAAUUACAUCUGCAAAACUGUGUACGUGACCAAUAAUCUUUGAUUUGACCUUACCUCAGUAAAAUCUCUGUCACGUUUAUGACUGUUCAUAUAAUUGUACUAAAUCCUGAGGGGGUCUGUCUAACUGACAGGCCUGAACAGGACUGUAUUACAGUUCAUAUGGCCCAAACUCUUCAGAGUCAUUGCUAUAUUAUAAGUAUUAUAUCUGUAACUAUGCUGUACACUAGGAAAAUGUAUGUUUUACAGAUACAGCCUACCUGUGCUUUUAUACCACUAUAGCCAAGAAUAAAUGCUGUUUUUGCAAUAAAUGUGUUUAUAUUUCUAUAGGUUAUUACUUUGUUAUUAUGAUUUUACCAUGUACUUUCUAGGUAAAUAACUAAUUUCUGUACCGUAAAAUAAAAUGUUACCAAAUUCUUAGGGUAUUAAACCUAGCCUUCUUCUUGUUACAGGGGUCACCAAGGCUCUUCUUGCUGACCAAAAGCAACUUUGUACUGGCUGACCAGAAGACAGGCCAGGUGAAGGCCAGCGUGCCGCUGCCAGACCUCACCAGUGUUUCGGUCAGCACUCAGAGUGACGGCUUCUUCGCCCUCAAGCUCAAAGAGGUGAUGGAGGCAGGGAGUGUUACUCCAGCUGCACUGUGAUGCACUUACACAUGGACAUCAUCCAUCUAGCUAACUACCCAGCUGGCAAAGCUGGUUGAAAUUAACCUGCUUUGCUUGCUGCAUAACCACUGGUUGCAAACUGAUUCUAAUGAUGUCAUUUCAAACAGUUUCUAGUUGUAAUAAUAAAGUUCUGCUUCAUAACUUUUAAUUCAACAUUAAGGUGCUAAUCAUGGAAAGACUGGGUAGGCAUAUUGACUUUGAAAUUACUAACACUCCUCUCUGUGUUUUUACCCAUAGGGCUCUGCUUCAGCUGCCAAAGGUGACUUCUUGCUAAGCAGUGAGCAUCUUAUAGAGAUCAUCACCAAACUCCACCGCACAGGGACCACCGCUGCAGACGGGGACCAAAUCAACAUCAACAUCUCAGACGAGUAAGAACCGGAGACACGUCGCCAUGUUGACUUUACAUUGCAAUGCUGUUGUUUCCCUUUGUCAAAUCUUCGUCCCAGAUGUGUUUGUGACGUCUUGCCAACUGCUACGGUCAAUAUCACAUUUGCACAAACAGAUCUAGGAUCAGGCUAGUUAAAUCCCAGGAUGUGAUGUCAGAUGUUUCUAAUCAUACUUCCUCUUUAUCUCCAUGGCAGGUUCCUGGUGCAGUUCAAGCAGGACAAGGUGUGUGUCAAGUUCAUCCAGGGGGGGCCUAAGAAUGGCACCAGUGCUGCCUGCAAACGCAAGAACAACCGCCUACUGGAGGUGUCUGUGCCAUCAUCGCCAUAGAGACGACACAGCCUCCCUAAAUGGGUUGUCAUGACAGUUGACCAUCAACACCUAAACGCCAGCCCCGCCCCCGAUGACUGUGCAAUUACGCUACUUUUUGUUGUUGUUAUUUGUUCUCUUAUUUCCUCUAUUCUGAGUCAUUACAUCACUGUAAUAUUUAAAAGCGCUGCCACUUUUGGUAGAGAGUGAAAGACCCACAGGAUUGCAUGACGAUAGGGUUAUGAGAGAGAGAAAGAUGUUACUUUGUUUUACUUGUAUUGUUUUUAAAGAAGGGUGGUGGGUGAUGGAGUUGUCAAUGGAGCAUAAGAUAUCUACAGUCAGAUAAUGAUGAUGACAAUGAUGAUGAUUGUUGAGCUUGGUGAAGCUAAUAUGCAGGCUGUGUGGUAUGGUAUCAAAGACAGCCAUGCCAAGCCAUACCCAUAUUCAGAGAUCUCUAUAAAGGUCAAAGAAAGAAGGUAUUGACAAGUCACACCCCUGAACUAGCUUCAGGUCAUCGGCUUAUUUCUUCUGUUUGAACUCUGAAAUGGCAACUCUAAAGACCAACGAUGACCAGAGAGCUUUCAGGGUUGCUUAAAAUUUUUAUCUGAAAAUUAAAAAAAUUAUACAAUAUGACUGCACUUGUUAUGUUCACUCAGGUGAGUUAAAAUGAGAAAAAUAAUGAUGAAUAGUCAGAAUAUUGGCUGGGUUGUUUCUGUUUAUUGUUGUGCUUUGCUGACACCUACACAGCUGACAGUGGGUGGUCAAGUAGAAGAAUCAACACUUGUCAAAUGUGAUUUUGCCAAGUGCUCUAUCGUUAACCACUUAGUAUCCAUAACAAUUCCCAUCUGCCAUUGUCGGCCCCUUCGCUGUGUGGUGCAAUGACGUGUUACAUGUAUCAGUGUUGUCAUCUAGUCAGGUCUUGGCCUAAGUGAAAACCGAAAAGGUGAAUGGUCCCUACACCCAGUUUAUCAUUGUAAGGAAAUGCCCCAAAACAUUUUGAAGGGGGACUUAAUCAACCAGGACCAAUAUUUUAUUUGAUAACACACUGCACAUGUGAUCAAUAUUCAUUUCCUCACUUUCCAGUUGUCCUCAAAGUACAUCUCUUUUACUUUACAUCUCCAAGCUUUACUCAAUAUACAUGUAUAAAUCAUUAUUCUUAACUGUUAUCUUUUGCUAUGUGUAACUGAGCAGUGCAGAUCCAUAUCCUUAUAAAUGUCAUUACUCAGACAAUAAUUCAGUGGUUUGGCCCCUUAUGAAGGCUUGUGAUCGGUCGGAUGGACAGGAAGUUCCCAACCACCACAGGAAAUUAGAUGGACCCCAGGGUUCCCAAGCCUACCCUGCGCCCAGUUUUCAGCUAUGGGAUAGGAUUAAAUGCAUAGAAAUCGAAUAUAACGGCAGUCCCCAUUCAAGUCAAUCAUUCAUCCGUUCUAUUCAUUCUAUUUCUUUGCAUUUAAUCUUAGCCGAUAAGCGAAAUCCCAAUAGUUAACUUUUGAAAAAUUGGGCCCAGAUGACUAUCGCAGAUUCAAGGCUGGUCAGUCUUUUUAGAGCCACAAGGCUGCUUGUUUUCAAUGGCCCUCUUGUGUGAAAUUUAAGGGAAAUUAGCUAUUUGCCUGGAAUGCUGCCUAGGCUAGGCUACACAAGCUCAAGCAUUCCUCCUCCCUUUGGCCUGAGUAAAUUAGUAAAAGGACGCAGCAUGUCGACAGACAGGACACAAGAUUAAGUCCUACACUCUGACAGACGUUUCUCAGGCACAUGCUGUUGAGAGAAACACUCACUCACUGUCAUACACAUCAGCUGUACAUAGGCGAAGACGUAGACCCAGCAUAGAUAGAGUAUGUAGGGGUAAAUUAUAGUAUCCUUAUGCUAGUUCUCUUAUUGCUGUGUUGCAGAAAUAUCUAUUGUUUUUGCCAUUGCAAUGUGGGUGGUUACAUUUUUUGUAGCCCCACUCUGGCUAAUAAUAAAUGCAGUGUUUUUCUUGGGACUGACCCAAACAGUUUUCUGAGUGCAUAUGGCCAUAUAGUACAUUCUUGGGAAUUUUUUUCAGAAAUCUAACAAUCACAGCUUUACUGUCUACCUGUGUACAAACUUGAUAUACUUUAUACACACAAGCCAAUGUCCCUGAUCUUUGAAAUUUGAGCCCUAUAUUUGGAAGUAUAUUUAAUAUGAUAUUCUUUAUCAGGAGGUUUCGUAGGGGCUUUGUACUGUUGACUUCAAUGUGAAACCAUUGGGUUCUCUGGUGGUGGAGGUUGUAGCUCAGCCAAACUGCUCUAGAUCACAUUCCUAUAGAUUCUGCUGGGGUAUUUUCAUUUUAAGUUUUUGUAAUUUCACAGAAAAACCACAGGUGGACUUUGAGGAAUUAUUGUUUUUUCCUUGCACGGGGAGGAUGUUGAGCUGAAUAGAAGUAUAUUUGUUGCUUCUCAGUUCAGUUCUGUACAGUUUGAGAUUUCAAUGCAGUUUGCUACAAGGUUAACCCUCUCGCUCUUCAGUGAUUAUUUGAAGUAAAAGAUGAAAAUAGAAACGCAACAUGUUGUAUGCAUUCUUGUGUGCCUAAUGUAAGACCGAGAACAUGGAAUUAUUUCAAUAGUACUCAAUGUAACACACUUACAAGUAAUUUUUUGUAAUUAAAAAAGCAAUAAAUAAAUACUUUGAC